GAUUGAUGCCUAUAUGGGAGUGAUAUAAUUGGAUAUUGUUGAAAGUCCUAUUAGAAGUUCUUACUAAUAUCCGAACAGUACUUUAGCAUAUUUAAAAAAUGUAAUUUUAUUCAAUAGAUUUACAUUAGAUUCUAUAUUUACCAAUUUAUUAGAAUGCAGAUUUGAAAUCAACUCAGAUUAUUUGUUACGAAGUUGUUGAUGUUUUGGAAAUGUUGAAGAGUUAAUACCCAAAAUUGUGA